GUUUUUAAAAGAAAUAAAUAAAUUCCAACUCCGGCUGCUAUUAUUUGAGUGAUCAUUGCGUUAGCCGGUUAUUAUUAGCCACCUAGCGGCUGCAUGCUAACUGAAGGUAAAAGCCGAAGUUGGUUAGAUGUGUAUUUGUUUCUGCGCGGUGUUGCGUGUGUAUUUACGCGGAUUUAUUUCAUCCGUGACUGUAUUUUUAUUCACUGGUCUCGUGAUCUUUCGUUAAAUAGCGUGUUCGCUAAAGAUAGAAAGCUGGGCUGCUGACAGCGUUGCUCAAUGUCUGACGUCUCUGUUAGAUAGUGUUUGCGGUUCAACUCAACAGACAGGCUGUAAAAGUUAAUCUAGUUAAGUUAAUCGCGUUUGUCUACAGUUAUUAAGUCAAAAAUGUGUCCUCGGUGACCGCCGAUUAGCGUCAACUAACCUGCUAACCUGCUUCAUGUAGCUUAGCCUGAGAAACAGCUAGCAGCUCCACUCUCUGGGAUUCCUCCUCAAAGACCUGCUUUAUUUAUUUAUAUGUUUGUUUGUUUGUUUGUUUAUUUAUUUAUUUCAAGUUUACUUGCGUAACAUCACUCAGUUUAUUCCCACACACUAAACAUAUUCCAGCUGGUUGUGUUUGAACUCUUUGUACCGAGUGAACUUGUUACACCUCUAAAGCGCGGAGACGGGCUUGGCUAACUAGCUCGCUAGCGUUUAUUGUCAGGCUAUAAGGGUUAGCAGGUGUGCUAGCUAGGUAAGUUACAGUUGAGCUUGUGUUCCGUUUGAUGUUGGGCUGAAAAUGAAGAACGUGGUGUUUUUAAUCGGGCUUUGGUGGCUAUCAGUGCAGCUUCGAGUUAAGAAAAGCCCUGCUAGCUCGUACUAGAAGCCGCUAACGCUGUGGAGGCUCUUUAGAAAAUAAUGCGUAGGCUGUGGCCAUGUGUUAUUCCGCUUUAGACUCCCUUUUCCCCCCUGCGAGUCGACGUUAGGACACCGGGACGUGUCCUUCAGGUUAAACUGUAAGAUGGUGCCCUGAAAUGAACCAGAAUUAAGCCUCGAAUUGAUAUCGCGGUGCUUUAACGUUAGCUGUGCGUUUUGGGAGGUUAGCAUGUUGUUGUUUAGCUGCCUGCUAACGACACCGCGCACUCGCCUGACCAGAUUAAUGUCGCAAAUAAACAAUACGAAGCAUUAAGUGAAGUAAAUGCGACUGUAUGUAUGUGUAUUUAUGUAUAUUCAACACUUUUUUCCUUAACCCGUGUUUGCUCUCUUUCUGUUGUUUUUUUUGUUGUUGUUGCAGAUUCAUUAUUGAAACGCAAAACGGAGCCUCUGCCACCAGAGAAACGAAAGAGAACAGUAGAGGACUUCAACAAGUUCUGCAGUUUUGUCUUGGCGUAUGCUGGCUAUAUCCCAUCUCCAAAAGAGGAAAGGCCUUGGUCUCCAGAUUCCUCCAGUUCACCACACAGCUCUGGCACCUCGGGCGAAGGUGGCGUGGGAGGUGGUGCCAGCUCAAAUAUGUCAGCAAGCUGGGGAGACGGCAACUCAGACCUACACACCAUUCACACUUUCGUGCAGAAAGCCCGCGCCAACAAAAGCGUCAAGACCAUGCAGCGUCUGCCUUCUGAUAACACCCUGCUGGACAAAAUGAGGUUAAAAGACACUCUCUACAAGGGCCAAGCGAGCAGCAAAGCAGAGCGCAAGAAGGACAAAAAGCUGAAGCGCCUCUCUCUCGGCUCAGGUGCAGGAGACAGCAGCAGUAGCAGCGGGGAAAAGCGUGCCAGAAUCAAGCGCAGCAAAAACUCCAAGCAGCCCAAAAGCCUUAAGAAGCUUAAGAGCUCGGCACUCAGCGAGACAGACUCUGAGACUGGACUCGGCCAUGGAGAGGAGCAUGCAGGUCAACCAAGAGGGCUGCAGUCCCAGAGACCCAACUUGGUGAAGUCUGAGCACGACGAAGCAAGCAGAGAUGCUGAAAUGAGCUCCAGUGAAGGGGAAACGUGGAUCGCAGAUGAGGAUAUCAUGGUAGAGUCAGGUGACGACUCGUGGGAUCUGAUCACUUGCUACUGCGGGAAACCUUUUGCAGGACGACCCAUGAUCGAGUGCAACCAGUGCAGCAUAUGGGUGCAUCUGUCCUGCGCCAAAAUCAAGAAGUCCAACGUCCCAGACAUAUUCUACUGUCAUAAAUGCAGGGAAGCGAGGCGAUCGGGCCAUAAAAAAGACAGUUAGAGAAGACGCCUAAUCCCUGGAAGCGCAACGUUCCCGUCCUCCACCUUUUCUAUUAAGUAUGAGACGAAAACGCCGACUUUGAACGGCGGUGUUCUUUUGAGAGCCGUGAUUUUGCGCAUCGGUUCAUCACAUAUUUGACAAUCACAUACAUGGUUAAUAUCACGAGGGGAAUUUCUUCAUGUUUGUAGACAAACUUGUAUGCAUGGCUCUUACUCGGAGCGCUCUGUCUGCCAGUUUGGUCUGAUCAUCAGGGAGUGUUUAGUGCCGGCUUUGUAGAAGAUUUAAAAGACGAUGAUGUAUGCCGACGUAAAAGCCUUUUACAAGACAGAUCUUUAGAAGCUGAAGUUUGUCUUUUUACAUGAAGAAGUGGUUUGUGUAUAGGUUAUUUCUGUUGCUUAUCAUUUUCACACACAUCUCAGUUUCCCUCUCAGAUUUGUGAUAAUCGAUAUUAACAGGUAGUCUUUAUUAAGUGAUUAGCGCGUUCUUUUUUUUUUCUUUCUUUUUUUUUUUUUAAAUCUCAGUGCAUGUCAGCACCAUGGCAGUCGUGUCAUUAACUAGCACUUAACUAUCAACUCCAGGUCAUUCUGUGUGGGGAACAUGAAAGGUUGGACUUGAAAUGGGAACUUUUAAGAUUGGAACAUUUCCAUUGGUUGCACUGUUGUCCACUUACCAAGCGUAAGCAGUUUCAAAUUGUGCAUUAACUAUUUUUUGUUGGUUUACUUUCGAAGGACGUUUUCUGAGACAAAUGAAUGAUGUUUAAGAGCUUUGUAACUGCCACCCAAGUGUUGAGGUUCACUCAAUGCCCCCAGUUUAAUAGAUGUAAUUAUUUGUUCUGUUUGUUUUGUUUUUUUAAAGAGUUUAAUUUGGGUUUUAAUCUCUUGUCUGAGAUCUAGUUAAGAUCACACACACACACAGAGUGUUAGUCGUUGUGGAGCUGUUCCCUGAUAUGCUGUUUGAAAGUAGUUCGGAGACCAGAUCGUCUUGUGUACAGAAAAGAGUUUAAGCUGCAAGUGUUGUGGCAUAUUUUGUUUCUAAUAUGUUUUUUGUUUGUUUGUUUGUUUUUUGCAAGGGGUUUCUUGAAAUUCCCAAAACAUAGACCCUCUCCUAUUUUACUCUGUAAAUAUCAUAUCCUUUCAGAACUGUACAUAAUAUGAAAACGAAGAGAAAGCCAAGCAAAUGUUAUAUUUUUGGCAUCUGAUGUUUUCUUUAACUGUACCAGAAGAAAUAAAGCCUUUUCUUUAUUGGGUAUCCUAUACAA